AUGAACACCGCUCGGUCAUCACUUCCUCUCAUCGCAGCCGCCCCGAGCUUCAAUGAUUUUGACUAUGGGGCCUUCUUCCAAGGUGAAGACAUGUUACUCGGGGAUGAGAAUAUGUAUUCGAGCGAGACACUUUCCGAGUCACCCACGAACAAAACCUCCGCUACAGGUCCAAGCGGAGAAGCUUCAUUCCAACAUGUCCCCGCUCAGAAACAGCGCCUUGAGAGGCGAGGGCAUACCAAAAGUCGCAGAGGGUGCUUCAACUGCAAGAGAAGGCGGAUCAAGUGCCAAGAGACACAUCCAUCAUGUGGCCACUGUACCAAAAUGGGUUUGAAGUGCGAGUAUGCCAAUGCUCCAACAAUUAUACACCAGCCACAAAAUCAAGUGCCACUGUUCAGCUUACAAGAUAUGCGGUUCUUCCAGCACUUCAUGCUACAAUGCUACCCUCACCACCCUAUAGGUAACGAAAACAUUUGGACUCAUGAGGUUCCAUGCUUAUCUCAAACCAACGAGUUCCUCAUGCACGCGAUCCUCGGCAUGGCAGCAUGCGAUCUCAUGAAUGCAGACCCAAGCCUUCUGGCAUUUGCCAUGGCACACCGCGUCAAGGCCAUAAAAGCCAUCAAAAAGUCACUUGCCGAGCUGCCGAAGCAGAGGGGCACGACGUCGGAGCACGCCAACGCCCUCGUCGCGACGUGCUUCGCGCUCACGUUCCAAUCUGUAUCGUUAGAGGACGGGAUGACUGAGUACAUGACCUUUAUCCGCGGCAUCUUGAUCAUUGGCACGCAGAUGUACAUCAAGGGCAUCAAGCCCAUCUUUGUGAACUUGAUGGGACAGGAUUCAAGCGCGGUGCUGGAGCCCAAGAUGGUGGAUCUGCCGUUGAUUCGGAAAGAAUGGGCUGACGGUGCUGUUGAAGCCAUUGGCGGGCUGAGAGGGCUUUGUCGGGACGGGGUGGAGAUUGAGUAUUUUGAUCUCCUUCUGGAUAUGGCGACAAAGCUUCACACUUCGUCUUGGAAGGCGUAUCAGACACUUUCAAAGCACUACGGCUGGUGGAUCCAGCUUCCGCACGAAAAGUUUCAGCGCGUCAUCGACAUGACCUCGCAGACGAUGGUCCUCCUGGCCAGCCACUGGAUCGCGCUGAAGCAGAUCAUGGCCACGGUGACCAAUGCCGAGCAUGAGUGUCGCGAGAAGGCGCCGCCCAAGGAGAGUGCCGUGGAUCUAGGCAUCAUCCGGUGGCUGGGGCAUCUCAAUAGAGAGGUUGAUCAUGAGCAUUUGGUGUAUAAUCGGUGGCCUCUGUGGGUGAAAGAGCAGCUGAACCGGGAUCUGUCCUUUUUUGGGAAGAAGUUUUGA